UACAGCAUAAAGUCAUUUUAAUUGAUCUUAACCAUUUUAAAGUCUAUUAUAAAUAAGGUUUGUCGAUGCACAAACUUGACAAUAAUCUUCAACUUGCAUCAUCGAAAGCGCCUCAUUUUGAGCGGUUUUAAAUUGUACAAAAAUAAAAACAUUAAAACAAACAGAACGGGGAGUUAUUGAUUCAUCCGGUAAACGUUAAUUAAAUCAUUACUCAUUAUUAUGAUUGUUCCGAAGAAGAAACCUGAAAAAGAUUUAGCGACAGUUCGGUGCCAAAAAUGCUUGGAUUAUGGACAUUACAGCUAUGAGUGCAAGAACAAACGUAAAAUAGUGAUGAGAGAUAGUCGAACAAAGAUUCUCAAGAAGAAUUUGGAGCAAAAAACUGAAGUUAAGGAUACAGAGGAUAAUAAAGAGGAACCGCCGAUAAAGAAAAACAAAAAAAGUUCUCCUGCGAAUUCAAGUAGCUCUAGCGAUUCAGAUUCAUCUUCUAGCAGCUCAUCAUCGAGCGGAAGUAGCGACAGUGAGAGUGACUCGUCAACCAGCAGCUCAUCGAGCAGUACCUCUAGUUCCUCAGGAUAAUCAUCUGAUAUCUGAUCAAUGUUUUUUUAAGGCUUUAAGUUUUAAGUAUGUACAAAAAAAGGAAUUUUAAAAUUUUUAAACUUUUUAUUUUGGAUUGAAAUACAAUCGAUAUUUUAACGUGCAAAUUGAAUGAUAAUUAAAAAAUCUUAUUUCUUUCGUCGAUUAUUAUCUACUGUUUGUGUUAUUGGUGCUGGAAAGCCUUUCUUCUUUAAAUCUUCAAAAUAGUAUAGAAUCAUGUCUGUUCGUUCACGCGGCAUGUGUUCCAAGACCAAAUAGCUGUAAUUAAAGUUUAAUUAUUGUUGAGUCAAUUAUUGAUUGCCUCCUGUCUACUCACCGUUUGUCAUUCUUCAAGAUAUCUUCAAUUUCCUUUAAAUGAUUAUGAUUUUCCUUGUAUAAGUCAAAACUCUUGUGCGUAAUCAAUUUGCAUUCCUGCAAAAGCUCUUUAAACUCGGAUUUCGCAUUUGCUGUUUUGUCUCUUAUGUAAUCUCUAAAUUCUCGUUCGCACUGAA